AUGGCCAUCACCUUUCAGUCAAACACGAGCACCGACGGCUGGGCUCGUUGGCCUCAACAAUCCCAACAACCCCACGCCAAUCCCGACCAAUACCCCUUCCUCGAGACCGGCAUGAUGUCCUUCGAGUGCCAGUCGGGGUCACCAACAACGCCCAUCCAGCGUACCAACUUUGCUCAGCCCUUCAUCACGAAUGCCUUCAGACAUCACCAGUUGUCCCCUCCUGCCUCUCCUCCAUACCAGGGCCCAGUUGCCUACAACGAGCCUGUCCCCCUGACCCCCCAGACGCUCCCCGACUCAUCCUCUUCCUUCCGCGCCCAACCUCGUCCCGAACCCCUAACCCAACCAAGACGCCAAGACCGCUGGGAGGUUAUGACACCCGUCGAGCGCAGCCGGAGUCCCUCCGUCACGGUCGAGGAGCGGCGGCCAUCACCAGAUUCUUCCUCUGCUUCUUCGCCAACAUCAACCACAUCAAAGGAGAUCACACCAAACGUCAGGGUUGGGGGAGCGCCCGUGUACGAAACACGGACUGCUGUCGACGAUCUCAUGAAGGUUCUUCAGACGCGGGUGAAGACGGCUAAGCUGACGGAGAAGAGUCGGAAGGAGCAGCAGCAGCAGGCAAAUGGGAGUAGUGAGGAGGGGCAAAAGGACUCACAGCAGGGGGCAGCAGCGGCAGGGAAGGCGAGGAAAAAGAGAUUUGCUUGCGAUAUUCCGGGGUGCACGAAGACGUUUGCGCAAAGGAAUAAUCUCGAGACGCAUCGACGGGCGCAUACGGGGGAGAGUCCUUACGUCUGCCCUAUUCCUGAUUGUGGGAAGAGGUUUACUCAGGGGGUUAACCUUAGGUCACAUGUGAGCCGUCACCUCGGCCAAAGACCAUAUGAGUGCCCUCGCUGCGGCAAGGCCUUCCCUCAGCGCUCCAACGUUAAGUCACACAUGAAGAUCCAUGAACCCCGGGUCAAGCUUAUCUGCCGCCUGGAUAAUUGUGGCAAGGCCUUUACCGUCAAGGGCAAUCUUAAGACACACCAGAACCGCUUCCACCUCGAAACAAUCUUGUCCCUCAAAGAAAAAUUCGCCUCUAUCGAAGACUUUGACGCGCUCCCCGAAGAAGAGAAAGAGUUCAUCGAAUACUUCAUGACCCUGCACAACAACGCCAACAAGGGCAUCAAGGGCCGCGGCAAGAACCGUAAAGUCAAGCGCCUGCAGCUCGACCAGCCCUUGACUUCUUCUCAAAUCCAGGCACAUCAACAAACCUCACAGCCUCCGAUGCUUCAUCAGGUCUUGACCACAGCUGCUCUGACGCCUGUUACGACACCAGCGAGUAGCCCCAUUGAAGGGCCCUCGCCGCAUCAUCACCAGUCGAUUCCGCAGCCACAUCCUUUCUCAUCGCCGGUGGCGAUGGUGGCGCCGAAUUCUGCUGCCCAUCAUCAUGGGCUUCCGCAGAUCCCGACACCGAUUUAUCAUGAUCCUUAUGGCAACGAGCCGAGAGCUGAGGGGUAUUUCGUGUUGCCUUCACAGCCCCAUACUGUGAUGGGGAUUCCUCAGACUAGGCAUCCGGGCGGGGAGUGGCCCGCGCCAUAUGGAGUUUGA